CACUCCAGGCUUACAGCUUUAUGGUAGCGGCGGUUACGCCUGCGUGAAAAGUUGAAUGUCGAGGUGUGUCUGACAGAGACAGUAUGGCGGCCUCCAUCAUGUACAGCCGGCUGUCAGUGGGGCUGAGGAGUCGGGCGCCCCGGGCUGCUCUCGGCUGUGCCGCACAGGUUCUCGGUGGAUUCCCAGGUCUCUUUGGUGGUCAUGGGUUACAAGCUCAACAGCAGAGGAAAUUAUCACUGCACGAGUAUCUUAGCAUGGGUCUUCUUAAAGAUGCUGGUAUCGCCAUACCCAAAGGCUUUGUUGCAACAACGCCAGAAGAGGCUUAUACUGUAGCUAAAGAAAUAGGUUCUAAGGAUUUGGUGGUUAAAGCACAAGUGUUGGCUGGUGGUCGAGGCAAGGGAACCUUUGAAGGUGGCCUUAAAGGAGGAGUGAAGAUAGUCUAUUCUCCAGAAGAAGCCAAAGACAUUUCCUCACAGAUGAUUGGGAAGAAGUUGUUUACGAAACAGACAGGAGAAAAGGGCAGGAUAUGUAACCAUGUGUUCAUCUGUGAGCGCAGAUAUCCCAGGAGGGAGUAUUACUUCGCAAUUACCAUGGAAAGGUCAUUUCAAGGUCCUGUGCUGAUUGGAAGCUCUCAAGGUGGAGUUAACAUUGAAGAUGUUGCGGCUGAAAGCCCAGAUGCUAUUGUGAAAGAGCCCAUUGACAUUGUAGAAGGCAUCCAAAAAGAACAGGCUGUUAGGCUUGCACAGAAAAUGGGUUUCCCAGAGAACAUUGUCGAUGAGGCAGCUCAGUGCAUGAUCAACAUCUAUAAUCUGUUCAUGAAGUAUGAUGCUACAAUGGUGGAAAUCAACCCCAUGGUAGAAGAUGCUUCAGGAGUAGUGAUGUGUAUGGAUGCCAAAAUAAAUUUUGACUCCAAUGCAGCAUAUCGUCAAAAGACCAUUUUUGAUCUCCGAGACUGGUCACAGGAAGAUGAGCGAGACCAGCAAGCAGCAACAGCUGACCUCAACUACAUAGGUCUGGAUGGAAACAUUGGCUGUCUAGUAAAUGGUGCUGGCCUGGCUAUGGCAACAAUGGACAUUAUAAAGCUUCAUGGAGGAACUCCAGCAAACUUCUUGGAUGUUGGUGGCGGAGCUACCGUUCAGCAAGUAACAGAAGCUUUUAGGCUCAUCACGUCAGACAAAAAGGUACUGGCUAUCCUGGUGAACAUUUUUGGUGGUAUUAUGAGAUGUGAUGUAAUCGCACAAGGAAUCAUAAUGGCUGUAAAGGAUCUGGAACUCAGGAUACCCAUUGUAGUCCGUUUGCAAGGUACAAGGGUCGAUGAUGCUAAAGCACUUAUAACAGCCAGUGGGCUGAAAAUUCUUGCAUGUGAUGAUCUGGAUGAAGCUGCAAAAAUGGUUGUCAAACUUUCAGAAAUUGUAACCCUGGCAAAACUAGCGCAAGUGGAUGUCAAAUUUCAGUUGCCUAUCUAAUGGUGCAACAGCAAUUUACAUAGUUGGAAAUGUUGUGUUUAUUUUCUUUUCUCUCGUCUAGGUUUAAUUAAAUGCUUGAAUCUACUUUGAAAGUGGUUUGUAUUUAAACUGAGUUGCUGCUUUGGAAAUCAUUGUCACGUCUGGUAUAUGUAGGCAGUAUUUUUCAUUAUAGCCCACUGUCCACUUAAAACAAGUUUAAGAAACCUAUAGCUAGCAUCCACAUUGCUCCUUUCCAAACCAGUGUUUGGUUAUUGUUCACAAGGUGGUCCUCUCAAACAAUAGGUCGGAAUUCAUGUACAAUAUAUUUUGCAUUUCUAACACUCUGUUAUAUACAUGUAUUUGCCAUUUUUUUUGUCUGAAAUGUUUAGACUUUUUUUUUAAACUAUGGCAAAGGUAAGAUGAGCAUGGUGCAAGUAGCAGUACGUUGAACUAGAAAUUCUAAUCUGCACUACAAAAAUGUCACCUGGAACCCGGUUGCUGUGGGCAACACCACCUCUACUCUAAAUGUGAUUGGGUGUUGUAGGCAACAAUCCCAUUGGUCUUUGCUUUAGAUUUACCCCAUUGUGCUGUCAGAUAGAACACAGUGUUUUCUGAAUUAAAAUGUUAUUUUUCUUAGUAGUUACUCAGCGAGGAACAACUUUAGUUCUGCUGUAGGUUUGCUUGAAGCACUUGCUCUCUGUAGUGAUAAUGUACAUAUUAAACUCUUUAUGAUCC